AUGGAUAAGAGCGGCCUUUCCAGCAACUGGAGGAAGCUACAAGCCACGCUUAAGAAAGAGAGCUCUUCAACCACUACAACAAGCUCAAAACGCAAAGCCUCAGACCGCGACUCUGAUCAAAGUGCCGCGAAGAAGCGAAAGUCAAUAGACAAAGAUCAGACGACUCGGCGCAUGUUUUCAACAGAUAAGCGACAGAGAAUGGGUGAUUCAUCUAAAAGCACUGGUCCUUGGGAUCCAGCUCCAGGAACUCUACGAAAAAAAUCUAGUGCUGGAGUUUCCACGGCCAGUACGUCCGAGACUCGCAAUAGCAAAGUGAAUGAAGGCCGUUCACCAACUGCCGAAAUCGGAAAAUACAUCGCCAUGGAUUGUGAAAUGGUUGGUGUAGGCCCGAACCCCGAUAACGACUCUGUCCUCGCGCGUAUCAGUAUCGUCGACUUCAAUGGCGAUCAAAUCUACGAUUCAUACGUCCGACCCAAAGAAAUGGUGACAGAUUGGCGUACCCACGUCAGUGGGAUUGCACCAAAACAUAUGAUCGAGGCCCGAACUCUUGAAGCAGUACAGAAGGAAGUUGCCGAGAUAAUGAAUGGUCGAAUUCUGGUCGGUCAUGCCGUCAGCAAUGAUCUUGACGCCUUAUUAAUUGGCCAUCCUAAACGCGAUAUUCGAGAUACAAGCAAACAUCCCGAGUACCGAAAGAUCGCUGGUGGAGGCUCCCCGCGCCUAAAGAUGCUAGCGGAACAUUUCCUCGGAUUGAAGAUUCAAGAAGGUGCGCAUUCAUCAGUGGAGGAUGCCCGUGCUACUAUGGCGCUUUACAGGCGGGAAAAGGACUCGUUCGAACGGGAGCACUUGAAGAAGUGGCCUGUGCGACUUACUGCUGAGACCCAGGAUAAUGGAGAAAAGAAGAAGAAGAAAAAGAAGAAGACUACUCGCAAGCGGUGA